CAAAACAAAGAAAUUGUAUUUGGGGCCGGCUGGCAGCCAUGUGAAUAUACUAGAAAGUCAAUGGUUAGGUGGGAACACUAGGAACCAGCUCAUACUUUGAAACUGAAAUCCCUUUACUUUUCCUCAUUUUCUACUUUCAACCUCACACAAAUUAAGAAACUCCGUUCAUCUCUCUCUCUCUCUCUCUCUCUCUCCCUCUAAGAUGGCUGCAGAAACAUUUGUCUUUAACAUCGCAGCAAAAGUGCUGGGGAAAAUAGGGUCCCCGGCUUUCCAAGAAGCUUGCUUGGUAUGGGGUGUUGAAAACGAUCUGAACAGACUUGAAAACACCCUAUCCACCAUCAAAGCUGUGUUGUUGGAUGCAGAAGACCAACAGGUUCAUAAUCAGGAGCUGACCGUCUGGCUUGGGCAGCUCAAAGAAGUGUUUUAUGAUGCUCAAGAUGUCCUUGAUGAUUUCGAGUGUGAAGCGCUGCGGAGGCAAGUGGUGGAAAUACAGGGGAGCACCACCAGGAAGGUACGCCGUUUCUUUUCUUCCUCUAAUUCAAUUGUAUUCCGAACCAAGAUGGCUCACAAAGUCAAAGAAAUUAGAGCUCGUUUAGAUGAGGUUGCAGCCGAUAAGGAUAAGUUUCAUCUCUCUCAACGGUCGGAUAAUAAGCAUUUGGUGCGUGGGAGGGAGAUGAGCUACUCCUUUGUCCAGGCUUCAGAUGUAAUAGGAAGAGACCAAGACAAAGAACAAAUUGUAGAAUGUCUAAUGCAUCCUACGGAUGAUCAAAAGGUCUCUGUUAUUUCUGUUGUUGGGAUUGGAGGUGUUGGUAAAACUGCAUUAGCUAAACUAGUGUUCAAUGAUGCAAGAGUAGUCCACCAUUUUAAGUUAAAAGGUUGGAUGUGUGUUUCUGAUGAAUUCGUUUUAAAACAGCUAUUGGUAAAAAUUAUCAGAUCAAUAACUAGUGAAAAUUGUAACGAUUUGGAGGAAGAGCAAUUGCAAAUGCGCCUUCGAAAUAUUCUGGAUGGUAAGAAAUUCUUGCUCAUCUUGGAUGACGUUUGGAACGAGGACAGGGUGAAAUGGAUUGAGUUGAGGAAUUUGUUGAUGGGGGGUGCCAAUGGAAGUAAGAUCCUUGUAACUACACGCAGCCCCACAAUUGCUUCCAUGAUGAGCACCAUGUGCCCGUACAAUUUGAAAGGUCUUCAACAAGAAGAGUGUAUGUCUUUAUUUAUAAAAUGGGCAUUUGAUGAAGGAGAAGAGAGGCAACAUGCAAACCUAGUGGAAAUUGGGGAAGAGAUUGUGAAGAAAUGCAAAGGAGUACCUUUGGCAGUGAAGUCGUUGGGAAGCUUAUUAUAUUCAAAGCUUGAUGAGCGCGAUUGGCGUUUUGUUAAAGACAAUGAAAUCUGGAAAUUGAAUAGAAAAGAAGGUGAUAUUUUGUCAGCCUUGCAAUUGAGUUACAAUCAAAUGCCAUCUUACUUAAAACAAUGUUUUGCUUAUUUUUCAUUUCUUUUAAAAGAUUAUAAGUACAAUACUUUAGACUUAAUUCCAUUUUGGAUGGCACAAGGGUUGCUUCAAUCACCGGAUGAAAAUCAAGAGCCAGAAGAUAUUGGCAACCAAUAUGUAGAUGAGCUCUUUUCAAGAUGCUUUCUUGAAGAUUAUAGUGAUGCUGGUUACUUUCGACUAUUCAAAAUACAUGAUCUUGCACAUGAUCUAGCUCUAUCAAUAGCCCAAAGUGAGUGCUUAAUUAUGAAUUGUCAGACCCAAAACAUCUCUAAAAAGGUUUGGCAUUUGUCCUAUUAUGACAACACUUGGCAGGAUGAAAAUAUUUUGAAAUGUUUACAAAAAUCAAAGAGUUUACGGACCAUUUUUUCUCCGAUUGAAGGGGUUGGACUCACUUCUGAAUCCUUUAUUGAUGCGUGUCUCUCAGGAUUUAAAUACUUGCGAGUUCUAGAUUUAAGUGACUCAUGUUUUGAGGUGUUACCUAGCUCUAUCGGUACCAUGAAGCAUUUAAGGUGGAUAAAUUUAAGCAAAAAUGAAAAAAUGAAAAAACUCCCAAACUCCAUUUGCAAGCUUCAAAAUCUGCAGACUUUAUUACUCGAUGGAUGUGAAAAAUUAGAAGAACUGCCAAAAGAUAUAAGAUACAUGAUCAGCCUCAGAUGGUUGUCAAUAACAACCAAACAAAAGUCUCUACCUAGGGCCUGGAAUUCUCUAAGAAAUUUGGCAUUAUUUAAUUGUGGCAAUCUAGAAUCUUUGUCUGAAAUUUUGCAAGGUUGCACAGGCCUCCUUCGGAUGUUGAUUAUUGACAGUUGUGGGGGUAUGAUUUCUUUGAUUCCAACUCUAAAAUUCCUUACUAGUUUAGAGGUUUUGGCCAUUGAGAAUUGUGAAAAACUUGAUCUGACUGAAGGGGAAGACAAUCAAGAAGAAUUCCCAACAAGUCUUCGAGCAUUAAGCUUCUCUGGAUUACCACAAUUAGUGGUUUUGCCUGAAUGGAUUAAACGGUCUGCAAAAACAUUACAGUCCAUAUCAAUCCAGAGUUGUCCCAACUUGACAACAUUACCAGAGUGGCUACUGAAUCUUGAAACACUUAAAAAACUUAUAAUUUUGAAUUGCCCCAAAUUGUGGCUCGAAGAUCAUUCAGAAGUGCCGAAUGUCCCGAGUUAAGUAGAAGAUGCCAACCGGAAAUCGGAGAGGAAUGGAACAAGUGUGCUCAUGCAUAAGAAAUUUAUCUUGACUAUAUGCGGAUUAAAUAAGCUGAGAAUGAGGAUGGGUUUUAUUCGGUGACACAGGACAGGAGUGUCCAUUGUGAAGUGCGCAAGCCCAGCCCAUACUGUAUUGCUAGCCCAGCCAGAAGAAUUAUGCAACUUGGACUUGGAUGCCCACUUCCAGGCCGAUUACGUACACAAGAUUUUGAAGUGUCAUUUUAAACUUUUUAAUGUCAAUCUAACUUCAUGUGUUUAUUCUGCGUUAGUAUCAGCUAUCUAUGUAUUGGAAUCGCAAGGUUUUUUUUCUUUUUAUGUUUUGCAACUAUUAUAUUUUGGAACUAGCCUGGCUUUUUAUUUCUCCCAUGCUUAGAGGGCUGUUCUAAGCAAAUAUUUAUAUGUGCUUUUGUAAGUGAAGAAGACAAACAUUGAAUAGUUUUGAAUGCAAUAACAAAACUUGUCUGAUUUAAAAAU